AAUUCAGUUUGUGAUUUUUCUUUUCCGGAAAACGCUCUACAAAAGUACGAGCUCUCUUAAAGAAUCUGAAAUGUCAAGAAGGAAUGCGACAAAUUUUGUGGAUAACAACACGCUGACUAGUUCAGGGAUCUCAGGAUCUGGUUCACUGUCACCACCAAUAACAUCUCGUCCAGCGUCAGGACAAGCGUCACCACUCUCAUCCAAUGGAUCUUUAUCACCUCCUGUCGAUGAUCAAGGUUCUGUGUCUUACAAUUCUGACUCGCCACGUGACUUGAGCCCUCUUCUUUUAUCGGAAUUGGCCUGUCUCAACAUGCGCGAGGUGGUUGCCAGACCAGGACUUGGAACUAUCGGACGAAAGAUUCCAGUGAAAUCUAACUUCUUUGCCGUCGACCUGAAGAAUCCGAAAAUGGUUGUAGUUCAGUAUCACGUUGAAGUUCAUCAUCCAGGAUGUAGAAAAUUGGACAAAGACGAAAUGCGUAUCAUUUUUUGGAAAGCUGUGUCAGAUCAUCCUAACAUCUUCCACAAUAAGUUUGCAUUGGCAUAUGAUGGAGCUCACCAGCUAUAUACUGUCGCUCGUCUCGAAUUCCCGGAUGAUCAAGGAUCUGUUCGUCUUGACUGUGAAGCUACUCUUCCGAAGGAUAACCGUGAUCGUACUCGAUGUGCAAUUUCGAUUCAGAAUGUUGGGCCUGUUUUGCUUGAGAUGCAACGUACUCGUACCAAUAAUUUGGAUGAGCGUGUCCUCACUCCGAUCCAGAUUUUGGAUAUUAUUUGCCGCCAAUCAUUGACCUGUCCACUUCUCAAGAAUUCUGCCAAUUUCUACACCUGGAAAUCGUCUUGCUACCGUAUUCCAACGGCUGCCGGACAAGCUCUUGAUUUGGAAGGAGGAAAAGAAAUGUGGACUGGUUUCUUCUCAAGUGCCCACAUUGCGAGCAACUACCGUCCUCUUCUGAACAUUGAUGUGGCACAUACGGCAUUCUACAAGACACGUAUUACUGUUCUUCAGUUUAUGUGUGACGUUUUGAAUGAAAGAACAUCAAAGCCGAAUCGCAACAAUCCACGUGGACCGGGAGCACCGGGAGGAUAUCGUGGUGGACGAGGUGGUGCAAGAGGAGGCAGCUACCAGAACUUUGGUAAUCGUGGACCGCCUGGAGCUAACGUUCGUGACGACUUUGGUGGAAAUGGUCUUACUUUCACAAUGGAUACGUUGAGCCGUGAUACCCAAUUGUCGAGCUUUGAGACUCGUAUCUUUGGAGAUUCGAUUCGUGGAAUGAAGAUUCGUGCCACUCAUCGCCCAAAUGCAAUUCGUGUCUACAAAGUGAACAGUCUUCAAUUGCCAGCUGACAAGUUGAUGUUCCAAGGAAUCGAUGAGGAAGGACGACAAGUUGUGUGCUCGGUUGCUGACUACUUCUCCGAGAAGUACGGACCACUCAAGUAUCCAAAACUUCCAUGUCUCCAUGUCGGACCACCCACUCGUAACAUCUUCCUGCCAAUGGAACAUUGUUUGAUUGAUUCUCCUCAAAAGUACAACAAAAAGAUGACUGAAAAACAGACCAGUGCCAUCAUCAAGGCUGCAGCUGUUGACGCUACUCAACGGGAAGAUCGGAUCAAGCAAUUGGCUGCUCAAGCAUCGUUUGGUACUGAUCCUUUCCUCAAAGAAUUCGGAGUAGCAGUCUCUUCUCAAAUGAUUGAAACAAGUGCUCGUGUCAUCCAGCCACCACCAAUCAUGUUCGGAGGAAAUAAUCGUUCAAUUAAUCCAGUGGUGUUCCCGAAGGACGGAUCAUGGUCUAUGGAUCAUCAGACACUUUACAUGCCUGCCACUUGUCGCAGUUACUCAAUGAUUGCUCUUGUGGAUCCACGUGAUCAGACAUCGCUCCAGACAUUCUGCCAAUCUUUAACAAUGAAGGCUACCGCAAUGGGAAUGAAUUUCCCGCGUUGGCCGGAUCUGGUGAAGUACGGUAGAUCAAAGGAAGAUGUUUGCACUCUCUUCACUGAGAUUGCUGAUGAAUAUCGUGUGACUAAUACAGUUUGUGAUUGCAUCAUUGUAGUUCUCCAGUCCAAAAACUCGGACAUCUACAUGACUGUGAAGGAACAAUCUGACAUUGUUCACGGAAUUAUGUCCCAAUGCGUGCUCAUGAAGAAUGUGAGCCGUCCAACUCCAGCGACUUGUGCCAACAUUAUUCUCAAGCUCAACAUGAAAAUGGGAGGAAUCAAUAGUCGUAUUGUUGCUGAUCAAAUCACUAACAAAUAUCUUGUUGAUCAACCGACCAUGGUUGUUGGAAUUGACGUUACUCAUCCAACUCAAGCUGAAAUGCGUAUGAAUAUGCCAUCAGUUGCAGCUAUCGUUGCAAACGUUGACUUGCUUCCACAAUCGUAUGGUGCAAAUGUGAAGGUGCAGAAGAAAUGUCGUGAAUCGGUUGUCUACUUGCUGGAUGCAAUUCGUGAGAGAAUCAUUACUUUCUACAGACAUACCAAGCAAAAGCCAGCUCGUAUCAUUGUCUAUCGUGAUGGAGUGUCUGAAGGACAAUUCUCUGAAGUUCUCCGCGAAGAGAUUCAAUCAAUCCGUACGGCUUGCCUGGCAAUUGCUGAAGACUUCCGUCCACCAAUAACCUACAUCGUUGUUCAAAAAAGACAUCAUGCUCGCAUCUUCUGCAAGUUCCCGAACGACAUGGUUGGAAAGGCAAAGAAUGUUCCACCUGGUACCACUGUCGACACUGGAAUCGUCUCUCCCGAAGGAUUUGAUUUCUACCUAUGCUCUCACUAUGGAGUACAGGGAACUUCUCGCCCUGCGAGAUAUCACGUUCUUCUGGAUGAAUGCAAGUUCACUGCUGAUGAAAUUCAAAACAUCACUUAUGGAAUGUGCCAUACAUAUGGUCGUUGUACUCGUUCGGUCUCCAUCCCAACUCCAGUUUACUAUGCUGAUUUGGUUGCUACUCGUGCCCGCUGUCACAUCAAGAGAAAGCUCGGUCUUGCCGACAACAAUGACUGUGACACCAACUCGCUCUCUUCAUCACUUGCUUCUUUGCUCAACGUGAGAACUGGAAGUGGAAAAGGAAAGAAGUCACAUGCUCCAAGCGUCGAUGAUGAAUCGUAUUCUCUUCCUGACGCUGCAUCUGAUCAAAUCCUUCAGGACUGCGUCUCGGUUGCAGCUGACUUUAAGAGUCGUAUGUACUUCAUUUGAAGACUCUUCAUGCAGACGGAGCCAGAGAAAAUUGUUCAUUUCUUUAAACUUGAUGUCCUUUUUGUAUCGCCAAAAUAAAGUUUCGGACAU